CUAACCAAACGUGUGCUUUUUAGCUGCCAAAGGUGAAUCUACUGCGAUUUUUAAAGGAACUGCAAUUGCAGGCACUGGGAAGUAAAAACCAAAGAAGAUAUUUAAUUACUUCUGGGAAAGAGUGAGGAAAUAAAAUCGAGGAAAGAUGAACUCUGGAGAUGGCUGUGGAGCGAAUCGCGAGCUGCCGUCAACGUCGAAACGGCAAUCCGAAGAUUCGGAGAAAGAACCUCCCAGGAAAAGAGUGGAAGCUUGUCACGAUGUGUCUGGGGAAAUGAAACUCCUUCGCGCCGUCCGAUGCAGUGACCGGUGCGCAACUCUGGCAAUCUCAACGGCUGGACCGAAAGACCUUGGCAUGCGAGAUGAGGCAGGGCGGACCGCCUUGCAUGAGGCUGUCGGGCGGAGAUCUGCAGAAGUUGUUGAAAUGAUGCUGGCAGCUUGGUCCAGCAGCCACCUCGGAGCCACACACCCUCUUCUCGAGAUACAGGACAAUGAAGGGUGGACUGCCUUACAUGUGGCUGUGGAGUAUGGGUUCCUAGAAGUGGUCGAAGUGUUGCUCGCAGCUCGCACUGACAUUAAUCCAAGAGACGCCAAUGGACGAAAGCCCCUCGUAGACAUACAGAACGAAUUCGGGAAGACGGCCUUGCACAAGGCGGCAUUUGGGUAUCAUGCGGAACAUGGGUAUUUAACAGAGAUGGUGGCAAUGCUGCUGGCUGCAGGGGCUAAUGACAUCUUCAGGAUGACUGGGGCUGGACUCCGCUUCACAUCGCCAUUAGAUCAAGGAAGAAGGAGAUUGCAGAAGUCAUCUGCGAUGCCGACGAUAGAAACGUUCUUCGGGAUGACGAUGGACGGACUGUGUUGCAUUUUGCUGCGAAAUUUGGAAUGCAAACUAUUGUUAGAAAACUUCUGUCUUCGGGGCCUCUUCGGAAAACUCUUCGUUCGGGAAAGGAAUCGACUUCGAAUGCGGCGGAACGGGAAGGAAUUGCUCUCUCGGCGAGCAAGAAGGACCUGGUCGACGUACGGGACAACUACGGAAUGACUGCCCUACACGAGGCUGCACAAGGUGGCUUCACAGAGAUUGUUGAACUGCUGCUCGCAGCAGGGACAGAUCCCCUUCUUCAGACUAAAAAAGGCAAAACGGCGCUCCACUUGGCUAUCGAUUAUCACCGGGAGGACACUGCGGAACUCUUAUGUGGUGCUGAGGAUGGAAACCACCUGCAGGAUAAAUAUGGAAGGACCGCCUUGCAUUACGCUGCGAGUAGAAAAUCCAAACGUACUGUGAGAAACCUGUUGUUUAACGGCGAGCAUCCUCACACGAUAGAUAAGGGAGGAAGUUCUCCUCUGCAGUUGGCCUUCGUAAACUGCGGGGACAAUAGCAUGG